AUGGCGGCGGAGAGGCCCACGCGUCCUCCUCCCGUGCUGGUACCGGUUGUGGUGAGCGCCGGCGCCGUUCUCGUCUCCCAUUACGUCUUCAACGUCGCCGCCCAGGUCCCGGAUCCAGCGCUGCUCCCCACCGAUCCUCCCCCGAAGCCCGACCCCAUCACCUCCGAGACCGUGGUGUUUUGGGGGCUCCGCCUCUGGCAGGUUGUGGGAAUUUUCUCCAUGUUCAUCCUCGCCAUCAUCAUCACGCUGUGCUGUAUUUUUAAAUGUCGAGUCCCUCGGACGAAGAAGGAGAUCGAGGCGCGGCACGCUCAGAGACAGGCGGCUAAGAGCUACGCUAACACGCUGGAGACGGUUCCUCCGCUCAACGAGCUCACCGAGAUCCCCGGGGCAGCGAAAGUGGAUCAGAAGAAGGAGGAGGUGAACACGGUGUCGGCUAAAGUGGACGGAGACAAAAAGAAAGAGAAAGAAGGAAAGAAAGAAGCGAAAGGAGUGAAGGAGGGAAAAUCAGACGAGAACAAACCCGAAAAAAAUCAUACAGACGAAACGAAGAGCAAAAAACCCUCCGAGACCCCCGACGAUAAACCAGCCAAAAAAUCCACCAAGAAGUGACGCUGCUAAAACUCACAUUUAUUUUAGUUUAAAUAGUGAAUUUAAUGAUGAUUUUAUAAGAAAGGUUUUUUUUUUUUAUUGUAAAUAAAAAUUUCUGAUCAUUAAACGGAUUUUAAUAUCAAAAUAAACACA